GUGGUUGCUGAUGCUUGUGCACCUUGGUGCUAAAAGGCAGCAACUAACGAGAUUCAGCGGUUCGUCCCAUAUUCAUCGAUUUAAUAACACGGCGGUUGCCAGGGCCAACCAAAUAUUUACGAAGGCCUUGUUCUGUUUUAGUUUUUGAUCGAAUGUCAUUAUGCAUAGCUAGUCAUGGUAACGUCUUCUUUUACUUCUCGGAAUGAGGAACUCGAAUAGGUAUAGAAAUUUGGCUGUCGAAAUAACGCAACGCGCCUUCUGAGCCAUAUGAAGAGCGGGUUGGAGCUGUAACGCCAUCCUUGUAUUCAGCACACGUUCGUGACCUUUUUUUCUCUUUUUCUUCCCCUUUUCCCUUCCUAGCCUUCCUUUCGUCUCUUUCUCCUUCUCUAAUAAAUUUGAAAACGCUGUUAAAUUCCUCUAGACGACGCAGCUGAGAAUCUGAGCGCUCAGUCCGUCAGAAGCUUCGACCGAACAGAGUCACGCACAUCUUCCACAUCAUGAAUUAUUUUACGUUUCAUUUGGCAUCAUUACUCGGCGUGAUCAUAUUGAAAUUUGUUUCCGCUUCACCCUACGGCUUCGCUAGCGGUCGGCAAGAAGAUGCAAUUGUGAUAGAUGCGGCGCCGUCGUUUUCACCCGUUCCCAGUGACUCGGAUUAUGCCGAGCACGACCCUGUCUAUUGCCGACAUCGGAUCCAUUAUAACCCUUCAUCGUAUUCGUCCGAUACGAGCACGAGGCAAAAUUAUCAACAACAAGAGCCAGUAAUAUAUCAGCCGUUCAACAACCCUGCAGUCGUUAGAAUGCGUCAAUAUCCUUCGUCCAACAGCUAUGAAACGUACCGCACUCCUUCUUCCGCUUCGUCCAGCAGCUACGAAACCAAGUAUGAAACAUAUCGCACUCCUUCUGUACCUUCGUCCAGCAGCUACGAAACUAAGUAUGAAACGUAUCGCGCUCCUUCUGCAUCUUCGUCCAACAGCUACGAAACUAAGUAUGAAACGUAUCGCGCUCCUUCAGUAUCUUCGUCCAACAGCUACGGCACCAAAUAUGAAACGCAUCGCGCUCCGUCUGCCACGGUUGAAUCACCGGCGUACUUUCAACGACAGAAUAACGACAUCCAGCAGAGUUCACAGAUCAAUAAGCAUGAUUAUGGACAGACCGGUUCGUCCUACGAGGCUUUCAUGGUUCAGCAGGGAUCAGCCCGAAUGGUUAUGGGCUAUAGGCUAGUAACAUCCACUUCCCCAAAGCCAAAAUUGCCAUCGUCCUACUAUUAAUUCUACGACGAUUCAAAAUAGACGCUAAAACGGAAUAAUGUUCCAUCCCUUUCCGCAGUGCUACACUAUCGAAUGUCGCCAUAAAGCUGUCGGGGAUGUUUAGCUAGGGACCCACCGCCUUAAAUGGAAAUGGGUUAAUAUACGUAUGCAAGAAAAACGAAGCCUUGGGAGAAAACGAUAUCUAUGCCUUUUCCCUUCGACUUUCUCUCCUUUAUGAUUGUGAACUAAUUAAACGACACCUUAUCGAAAAUACAUGAUUUGAUACAAA